AUGGACAUACCUGGUUAUUUCAUACAACAGCUUCAGUCUCCUGCCCAUUACUCUGGUAACCAUCCAGAGGAUUUGGUCAUGCAGGAGGGCUCAGCAACAUCUGAGGAAGAAAAGACUGAGGCAGGCAGCAGGCCAGAGCCAGAGGAGAGCUGUCCGGUUUGUGGUGACAAAGUAUCUGGAUACCACUACGGACUGCUCACCUGUGAGAGUUGCAAGGGCUUCUUUAAACGCUCGGUGCAGAAUAACAAACAUUAUACGUGUUCAGAGCAACAAAGCUGCCCAAUGAACCUUUCUCAAAGGAAACGCUGCCCUUUCUGCCGCUUCCAGAAGUGUUUGGCUGUGGGCAUGAGGAGAGAAGCUGUAAGAGCAGAUCGUAUGAGAGGUGGAAGGAAUAAAUUUGGACCCCUGUACAGACGAGACAGGCAGAUGAAACAGCAAAAGGCAAACACUGAUCCCUACAGGAUUAAGAUGGAAACUAGGCAAACAUCUGUUCCCCAGUCUCCGAGUGACAUUCACCAAAUAAGUGGCCCAAUAAACAACUCGCCCUCUGCUGCUUUUCAUCUCCCCCACUUCAUGUAUCCAUCCGAAAUGGAACAAAGUUGUCACCCCAUGCCUCUGGACUGUACAAUGAACAAUCAUGGAGCGCAAACAUCUCCAUCCAUGCCUUUUCAUGGACUCUAUUGCACACUCCCUGAGUACUUGCAGGAUAAAGGGGAGCCCAGCUUUAGCUACAGCCCAGUUCCUACACACUAUCCAGUCCAUUCAUCCCCAGAGGAUUCAUUCGGACCAACAUCGCCUCCCUGCUCAAUACCAAGCUCAGCCCCAACCAUUUCCCAGAAUAGGAAUCAGGCUUUAAGAACAACUCCGUCGACCAUUCCUUCUCCUAACUUCCUUCACCAGCUUCUUGAAGGUGAACAAGAUGAAGGUCAGCUACGGACCAAGGUCCUCACAAGUCUACAGAAAGAACAGGCCAAUCGAGGGAAGCAUGACUGUCUAAAUACGUUCAGUAUCAUGUGCAAAAUGGCUGACCAGACUCUGUUUGGACUUGUGGAGUGGGCCAGAAACAGCAAUCUAUUCAAAGAGCUCAAGGUGGACGACCAGAUGGUGCUGCUGCAAAGCUGUUGGAGUGAGCUGCUGGUCCUAGAUCAUCUCUGCAGACAAGUCACCUACGGCAAAGAAGGAUGUAUUUAUCUGGUCACAGGUCAACAGAUUGAAGUGUCAACCAUUAUUUCUCAGGCCGGAAUGACAUUAAGUAGCUUAGUAACAAGGACCCAAGACCUCGUGUCCAAACUUAAGGCACUCCAGUUUGACAGACAAGAGUUUGUCUGUCUUAAAUACCUCGUCCUAUUCAACCCAGAUGUGAAGUCAGUGCAAAACCGCAGGCAAGUAGAGCAGACUCAGGAGAGGGUGAACAGGGCUCUCAUGGAACAUACCCAACAAAGUCACCCGGGACACUCAGACAAGUUUGGGCAGUUGCUUCUCCGGCUCCCUGAAGUACGCAGCAUUAGCUUGCAAGUUGAGGACUAUUUGUACCAGCGCCACCUUCUUGGAGAUUUACCCUGCAACUCUCUCCUUGCAGAGAUGCUGCAUGGGAAGCAUAGCUAG